GAUCAUUGUACUCAAAGCGAUCGUUCGUGAGUCAUCGGUUAUUGAGUCGUCUGCAUUAGUUCUAUCCAGCGACAUCUUUCAUGUCAUUGUUUGGAUGUUACUUUCAAUUGGAAUUAUUGGUAACAUAUUGGUUGUGGUGUGGAGACUUGUACAGAAAAAAGAUCAGAGAUCGUCUCCUCUCUCAAUCCUCAUCAUCAUGCUAGCAAUUCCAGACUUUUUGUAUUGUGUUCACUUGAUUCUUUUGGAGACUUUGGUAUCCGAAUUUCAACAAGAUCAAACAGAGCGAAGCUAUUUGUGCAUCACAAGCGCGUAUCUAUCUUGGUUUUCUUGCUCCACAGCUCAGUGGGCUACUUUCAAUAUUGCUCUUUACUCGUGUCAAGCAUUGUCUGAUCCAAAAUGGUGGCCUCUUUGCUUUUCACUGGUUCGUAGGCGAGGCUUGAUUUUUGCAAUUACUUUUCAAUAUGUGGCUGUUGUUGGAAUGAUUGUGAUGGGACUUGCAACCUUUGAACAUAGCUUUGAAUCUGUUUGGUUUAGUCUACCGUUACAAGAUACGUCUCUAUAUGACAAUAUCGCUAACAGUACUUUCUACAGAAGUACUAGUUACGUGCAUUCUAACAGUGAACUAAUUGCCGAAAUUUUUGGACGUUGUGCUUGGACACAGUCAAAUGGAUUUAAUUUUUGUCGUAAUUUUACAUAUUCAGAAACACAUGGCAACCAUACUACCACCUACAAAAGUAGUACCUGCGGACUAAGUUUCGCUAUCAGUGGCGUAAACGUAGGACUAUUCGUAGCGUCUAUGAAUACUAUUCUUACGUUGGCAUGCGGUUUUCACUAUUCAUUGCUCAGUUUACUACUUCUUAGAGCAGGUUCUCAAACAAAUGCAACACAAAGAUCUGACAUAGACAAACUUCGAUGGAGUUUGAGACUAAUUGUUUUUCUAAACAAUUUAUGUUGGAUUCCUACGACAGUAUUACAUUGGAUAACAGCUUUUGGCAAUUUCAAACAUAUUUCUGAUUCUUGGCUAAACAAAUCAACUGUGACAAGUGUUCUUCUCAUCUCAAUCGGUCCAGCAGCUAAUCCUUUCAUCUACACCUUGACGGGAAAGAACUUCUUACGUUCAAUUCGCAAGUUUUGUAGACGAAUGAAAUGCGAAAUAUCUGUGAGACGAAACAGUUCCAACUGCCAUGAUGAUCACACUAGAGGAGUCGAACGUUGCAGCUGUAUUCCAUGUGUCAAAUGUGUUCAUCUCUUUCGAGAUUUUGAGACCGAAUACUGGAAUACUGAUGAGACUAAACUCCUGUCGUCUACGGAUGAGACUUGUCUGUAGACUCAUGCUACCUAACACUGCUGCUAGCUAGAGCAUCUGUUGCAACAAUUUUAUGUAGCUACGUGUACUGUACGUCAUUUUACUUAUCUUGUGCUUUCACAAUUGAUGCUGCUGCAAACACAAACAUAUGAUAUUUUUAAUAUUUUAUGUGCACUUGGAAACAGGUGUGUUACAUGAUAUUAUAGCAUACUAUUUGCUUCUUUGUUAAUUUUUAAUCCAAUUACAAUUACAUUUUUGU